UUUUCCAAUAAUAUUUUAAAUUGUGUUUUAGCCCAAUUCUUUUGAAUUACAUUUACUGAAGUAAUUGGCUGUCGGGCAAUCAGUGUUCUAUUAAUAUCUUCGUUAACCUACAAACAUGAUUUUGUUAUUAUUUGUGGCAUUAUAUUCUCUAAUAUAUAUCAGAAAUUUAAAUAUAUUUUUUUGACAACCAGAAAUUUAAAUUUAUUAUGGAAUGAUUGGUUGGACAGUAUUAAAUGGAUUUUGCUUUAAUUUAUAUUUACAACUAAACAAAUUACCAAUCAUAUUUUAAUUAAUUUUAAAAGUUAAAGUCAAAAAUAAAAAAAAAGUUAUAGGAACUUUAUUUUCUAAAACAAAAAAAAUAUAGCUGUAAAAUUUAUUUAUGUUUUCAUUUAGUUUCUAAAAGUACAUUAGAUACAUAUACAUCAAAAUAUUUUAUAGACUAAAUUUUACAGUAAAAUUUAUACAGCUACAUCUUAAUCAAAUGUAUUAAGUCAAAAUACUAUUUAAUAUAUGGAAAAAAGGAAUAGCUGUCCAAUUCUUUUGCAGCUAAUAUAGCGGUCAAAGAUGAAUUUGUGAAUGUCACGUUUGUUAAGAAAUAAUUUAUGGUCAAGAUGAAUGAUAUAAAUUAAGCCUGUGACAUGGUUGAAAACAAUAAGUUUAUGUUUUGACAUAUGUUUUUAUCGAUAUAUUUUAAACCGUUUCUACAUUAUAUAAUUAUUAACAAUGAUAAUAAAGAGAAAUAUAUUAAAUGGUAGUAUAUUUUUAUUUAUGACAAACAGAGAUACUCCUAUAUGGAUGCAGAACGGCCUUUGAAAGUGCAAUGAGGGUGAGUGCGAAUGUGUGACAAUGUGGUGGAUGCCAUUCAUACCUUGAGAGCAGCGGUCCAAGUUGGUGGAUAGGAGUAGAAAAAUGAUCCUACUAAGUAUAUGCAACUCAUAAUUACUAACAUAGAGAUGCAUCAUAGUCGAUGUAGGAGAAGAAAAUAACAAACUUCAAAUCGCAUAAGCAAAAGACUCAUCGAAUUAAGUUAAAAGUGGUUCAUCAGAACAGAUGAAUAUUGACCAUGCAGUUGAUUCUCUGCAUCAGAGCUUCGUAAUAAGUAAAAACAAGCUGGCUCGGCUCCUGGUUAGGGGUAGGAAGUAAAGUUUGCACCUGGUGGAGUAGUUCCUGGUUCGGUUCUUGAUUUAUCUCGGGUUUGUUCAAUUUACUGGUUCAAUUCGGCUUUUAAAUUAAUACUGGGCUGGGCCUAGAGUAAUAAUUCUUUCAAGAAAACCUUUCAUAUUACAAACAAAUCAAUUUUAUCACGUUUUUCAGGCAUAUGAAAAACUCAAAAAAGUAGAUAAAACUCAUAUAUAUAUAUAUAUAUCUAACAAUACUAAAAGGGAAAUAUGCUGAAAGGAGAAUCUGUCCACGUCAGAUUUAAAAUUCAUCCACUAAAAAUCGUCCAAACUGCCAUGUCAUAUUAAUUUCUGUAGAAAAUAAAAAUUACUCUCUUUGCUGGGUUCAUUAUACAUGUUAAAGGCCCAAGAUCAUCCUUCGACUUCGUCUUCUACUUUCCUCUUCAUCAAAUCUCCGUUACUGAGCUGAGUCUCAUCUGCUAUCAAUCAAUGGUGUUCUUCAAUACUUCUUAAUGAGUUCGUUUCACCUUCUUCUCUUUCUCUUUCUUUAUAAACCACUUUGUCUUAAAUUGCUUCCAUUCAAUCCCGAAAACCUCAUCUCAAGAAGUUGACACUAUAGCGAUGAAACCAAAAGGCAAGUUCACUUGCUGGUACUUUUGUCUUCAUGGAUGAAGCUAUUUGUUCUUUAGCAAAUACUAAAGGCAUGACCCACUAUCUUGCCUUUGUUUGGAGAUGUGUAAGGGAUUUAUUUUGGGAACACUUUUCUUACAGCCUAGCUUCCUGGUUUCGGUUUAGGUAACGCAAGUCUUUGCUCGAUUUGGUUUAAUGAUGUGGUGGAACACCCUAAGAUUCUCCAGAAGUUAGAGGGAGAACAAGAUGCUAUUGUUGAAAAUUGAGCACCGGACCAGGAUUUGACUCUUAAAAGAGACAUGUAAAAUGGACUAACUAUCACAGGUACCUCAUUGCAAAACAAGUUUAUGGUGUUUUUAAAAAGGUAUGAUUCGUUACAUAUUCUCUCACUGAAUACAAAAUGAGGCUUUUUAUGAAGGUUCUGAUGAGACACUUUGGGUACAUUCUAUCUAAGGCCUUCCGGGAAGCAAAGAGGGAUGGCCAAAUGAACGGCAUACAUCAUACCAAAAGGCUGGAAGGUGAUGACUUGGUUCAUGUAAGUUCACCUGGAUCUUGAGAUUGGCAUGAAUCCAAAUAAAUAUGAACCUUCAAGAUGGGAGGGAUACAGACCUUUACCAGGCACAUUCCUUCAUUUUCAUUUAGGAAGCGGUCUUUGUCCCGAGAAAAAUCUUGCCAAGCUCGAGAUUCCAAUUUUUCUUCAUCUUUGACCAUUGAAGAUGGGUUUAGCUACGCUAGCUUUGAAGCUGUGGGUUAUGACUUCAACACUAUUGAGCUGAGUCAGCUGGUGAGAAGGGUCCCGUUCUUUGAUUCCAAAAGUUCUCUGUAGCCAUGCACUGGAGUGGAGUGAACGCAUACAAGCCGGAGAUUAGUGUAUACUUGGAGUAUUGUGGGUGCGCAGAGAGAGAGAGAGAGAGAGGACAUUUGAGUCUCGAGGAGAAGAGGGUAGGACAGUGAUGUAUCAUAUGUUUGACUCACAGGACAGAUGUUUAUAGCUAUGGAAUGUAAGUUCUUGAGAUGAUUGGUGCAAGGAACAAAGAAAGCGCUCAUCUCUGCCUCUAACACAAGUUCAUCAAGGAACAAACGGUUUGAGAAGCCUCGCAGGCAGUGUGCGUUGCCUAGCUACCUUGAAGUGGAACUGGAGCAGAAAUCAUUAACUGCAGCAGCAAGGACACGAGAGAAUCUAAACUAUUUUUGGAGCUUUCUGUUUUUGCAUUUUCUUGGUGUAAUGAAUAAUGACUUGUGAAGUUGAGGUAUUCCUUUACGAGAAUAUGUGUUGGGUUUUUCGUGCUGUAUAAGUUUUGAUAUAUGGAAGACUUUUAUGUUUGCUAUGAUUUACCGCUUUUUAAAUUACUCUAAUUGUGUUUUUUCUUUAGUUGUAAAGGACUGAAUGAAAAAAGACAUGACCAUCAGGUAUAUUAUUCUUGAAGUUUAGAAUCUGCUCAUAUUAAACAAACGGGAGUUUCUUACUAAGACAUGUUCUUCUUGCUGGUUCACACUAUCUCAAAAUCAUUAGCUUCCUAUCAAUUGUGCAACCUACACUACCAAAUAUCUCACUAAAGAGAAAUGUUGUGAGAACGAAAACGAAAAACUACAAGGCAAACUUUAAAAUUUAUUACUCAUUGCAUAUAUUGCGUAUAUGUAUUUUACCAAUUUUAAAACGAAUAUUUUGAAUUUUUCCCAAAAAGAAUAUGGUAGUCAGGAGUAUUAAUCUCUAAACAUUUAAAACCAUAUAAAAUGUUCAACGCAGAGCAAACAAAAAAAAAUAAUAACAAUAUGAUCAGUGAGGAGUUAAUCCUAAUUUCUGACCAAAUAAUUAUAGUUUUCCUGAUUUUAAGGGUGCCAUCAAUGGUAUAGUAAACUAUUUAUUUACUGUGUUCUUGAGUAUAUGAAAAAUGUUAUAGUUGCUUAUAAGUCUAUAAAAAUUAUUAUUUGCAAGACUGCAGAUAUCAUAAGCAUUAUCUCCAGAUAUAAUGAGAUGAUUGGUAAAAUUUAUAUAAAUAUUUUACGUUAGUAAACCAUAUACGUACAAUCUAUACUACUAAACUAGAAUCAUGAUUUUGACCUAACCUUAGUUCACUAUGUGAUGUUAUCAAAUUUGAACCUAAAUAGUUAACGGAACUUUGUGGCUUGUGGUUUGUACCACUGAAACAAAUAAUCAUAUACAGUGCGAUUAAACUAAAAAGCAGUUAAGAUAUCUUCAUGGUUACAUUUUUUUUUUGAUAACCGUGGAGAUCCCAAAAGUUUUCUAGACCCAAAAAUUAAUCCCGCAAGACCCAUAGAAAUCUCGGUUUUCUUGCAACUUAAAGCGUCUAUGGGUGGACCAAUGCUAUUCGAACCCCUGGCGGAAACACCCAGGCGACUUGGUUAAAAAAACAAAUUGUUACCUCCAGUAUAUCAUAUAUACCAAAGAUUUUCCCAUCUUUUUUUAUAAUGUUAUAUCAAAUAAGUUUGUGUAAAGAUCAAUAUAGGUUAGCACAUCACCAAUCUAUUUGAGUGAGCUUUAUAGUAUUUCCAAUAAUUUAUUCUAUUUUUUCCAAAAUAAAAUAUCUUAUAAUAUAAUAUGGUUAUACUCCAAUGAUAUUCUAACUUAGAAUAAACAAUAGAACAAUAAACAAAAAAAAACUCUAUUUAUAUAUAGAGUAAACUCAUUUUCUAUUCUAUUAUAAAGUCGAAAAAGAAAUGUUCUUACAAACUUUAGAAAAUUAGUAAUUUUCUUCUCGGUAUUACAGCUCCAAUAAUUUAUCGAAUCAUUCUUAUCGGUCACCAAAAUUUAAAUAUUUAAAUAUUCAAAUUAAAUACACAUUUAAUAUAUAUAUCUAUAUAUAUAUAAUAAGGUUAUUUACCUAUUCUUCAAAUAAUAGUUUGAUAUUAACGCAGACGAUGUAUAAUAAAAUAUAUGAUACAUAAAUAAUAGAAAAUUAGAAAAUAUUAAAUAUAUAAUAUUUGAAAUUUUACAAAAUAGUUAGACAUGAUUACUAACAGAUUAAUAGAAACUUUAAUUAUGUUUGCAUCUAAUAUAUAUAUAUAUAUAUAUAAAUAUAAAUUAAUGUUAUUUCAAAAAAAAGUUAUUUCAGAAACAAAUUAAUUAUAUAUCACAAAAAUAAAAAUAAUUUAUUGAUAAAAUUGAUGUUCUAAAUUAUAUUUAACAUUUAAAAUAUACAUAUAUAUAUAUAUAUUACAGAUAAAUAAACCGCGCGUAGCACGGUAAAAUUUCUAGUAUAUAUUAAAAAUACUGAGUGAUGGCAGCUAUAUAACUUUAAUGAUUACUUUUUGCUCCAACCACAAAGAUAAAUAGCACGCCCGGAUUCAUUUUACACAUACAUUAACUCCAAAGUUCAACAGAGAGAGUAAAGAGCACACAUAGGGAGAGAUAAAAUGGCCAUGGCAACAAAAUCAGUUUCUUCCUUCACCCUUAUUUUCAUCCUCGUUUUGGUUAUUUUUGAAGUGCCGGAGAUAGAAUCGCAUGAUGACGAGUGCCUGAUAGAAUACGGCGGCGAUGUGGGUUUCAGCUUCUGUGCGCCUGAGAUAUUUCCGUCGUUUUGUUAUACAAAUUGCCGUACGCCAAAAAGACUCAUCCAAAAAAAUAUCUACACUUGUUUUUUAAAUCUUUCGUUUAGCAUGUAGACAAAUAAAACAACACACUUUCACUUACUAAAAUUAUGAUCGAAUAAUUCAUGGUUCGGUUGUUUGUUAGAACUUUCUGGUUCAGUUCGGUUAGGCAAUGAAAAUAAUUCGUUUGCACCUACAUGUCCAGUCUCUAGACCUCUCCAGCGCGAAACAGUGACCGUUCUUCAGAGACCUGCCACUUGAGUGAAUGUGACCAUUUGUUGACACAGUAGACUCACUGAGCUAAUCAAAUAUUAUUAAUUCAUGAUCAUUCUUAUUAUUUAUCCUCAAUGUACCUUGAAAUAUUACUUUUUUGUGCCACUGCUUUUCGAAAGAGUUAAUACCCUUUAUUAAGGGCAUAAAUGUAACAUGGUUAAUGGACUAACUAAAGCCGAUUACGGUUAUUACUAAUACUAGGCGAUUUUUUCGUAUUCAUGCACGGAUAUAAAUAUUUAUAAAAUAAAUAUAUUAAAAUAAUUGAUUGUAUUUAUUUUUAAUUUUAAAUUAAUUUAUAAUUUAAAUGCAUAAUUAUAUUAAUAAUAUUAUAUUAUUUUAAUUAAACAUAUAAUUUUAGAUAUGUUAUAUCUAGUUGAUUUAGUUGUUUGUAUAGUCGAUUUAAUUAUCAUUUGGGUAUAUUAGGUUUCAUCUAUUUUUCUGAAUUCAAUCAUAAUAAUUUUUCUUUAAAAUAUAUUAAAAUUAUGAUUAAAUUUAUUAUUUACAUUUACGUUUGUUGUUCUUUUAGAUAUAUAAAUAUAUUUGAGGAAGAUCAUGUAUAACUUAAGAUAUAUUGUGCUCAGAAUGAAAUAUAAAAUAAACUAAAGUGUAUGAUUUCAAAUUACGUAAAUUAAUAUAAAUUUUACAAGAGAACUAAAUUAUAACAGUUGGUUAAUAUUUUAUUUUCAUUUGUUAAUAUGUUUUGAGUCAUCCUAUAAUUUACAUUUAUAAAACAAAUUAUUAUUCUAAAAUUAUAUAUUUUUAUUGUAGUUAAAUCUAACACUUUAGAUAUAAUUUGGAUUAGUCGAGACACUCAUGUUGUGAGUAUUUUGAAUUACAUAUAUUCUUUCAAACUCAAACUAAAGUAUAAUUAUUUUUAUUAUAAUUAAGUAAAAUCAAAUUAAUUUUAUUUAUCGUUUAAAUGUGCAUGUACCUAGUAGCUGUGAAAGCCACUACCUAGUAUAUCUUAAAUUACCAAUCAAUUGAUCGAUUGUUAUAUUAAAGAAAAAAAAGUAAGUUGUACAAAAAUAAUCUCAAAGAAAAUAUAGAGAACAUCCGUUGUUGAUUUCAUUUCUCCAUAACGUGUUUAAGGAAUUAUCUCCCUUCCCUACUCCUCUCUCGUUCAAUUCGUGGAGGGUUAUUGGUUCAGCAUGAACACAUUACUUAGUUGACCAAAAAAAAAAAAAAAAGAACACAUUACAUUUUGCUUUAGUCGUACUAAUUGUUUUAAUAGUAUCUAAAACAAAUUUAAAUUUAGCUUCGAUUUAACCCUUUUACACGACAAUGAACGUCUUAAACAACAAAAAUAUCUUCUAACACCAAUGUAAUGUUUUUCUUUUAUGUUUCAAAAUCGUACAAAAUAAACCAAAUCAUCCUUAAAUAUCAUUUUAAUAUUUGUUUUCAAAAACUACAAAUUUCAUAACAGAAUUUUAAUUUUUUUUUUUACAUUACCCAUAUCAAAUAUAUAAUUUCAUGAAAAUGACAAAAAAAAUACCUUUAAAUGGAGAUUCAAAAUUGCCAAAUGUAGGAUGGUAAUGGCGAAGGGGGAAGAAUGUUAAGAUAGUGGAAUCCUUGUUGAAUUGUUGAUGGAUAUACCAAACUUGAAGUUCAAUUCUUUAGUUUAAUAUAGAUAAUAGGUGAGAUGUCAAUUAUAUUACAAAGAAAAGAAUAGAUCAUGAGAAGAAAUAAAUGGUAUAAAUAGUAAGAUUAUUGCUGUCAAAAAAAAAAGUAAGAUUAGUAAGGAGUAGUGAGAUUAAAAUGUUUUCCAUUAAGGCAUUUUAGUUACAUGUCCAUUAUUUUUGCCUUUUUGGGUUAUUAUGGACACCCCAAUCCCAUAAUAAAUUUAUUUGUAUUAAAAUCCACAAAUAAAUCGACUUUUCAAUCCCUAUAAAGAGUUUUUCAUUCUCUGCUUCUUCUCUCAUGCAACUCGUCGUCUCUUUGGGUCUUGAGAGUGUCUUACGUAACCCCUAAGUUACUUGAGCUGUUUCAGAUGUCUCCUCUGAUUCCGCCACUUCCAGACGACGUUACCGUUGACAUCAUAGCUCGUGUACCCAUAAGCCAUUACCCGACUCUCAACCGCGUUUCCAAGAGUUUCAGGAAACUCAUUGCCUCUUCUACGCUCUACAAGAGGCGAUCCCAGCUAGGCAUCACCCAACACCGUAUCUAUGCUGUCCUCCGCAGCCGCAACCCCCAAACUCGUGACUAUUUCAACUUCUACAUUCUCCACAGGAAACUCAACUCCAGAAACCGCUUGGUCCUCGUCGAAUCACUUCCUCUCAUGUCUUACCUUGGAAAAUAUGUCCCGGUUGGUUCGAAGGUGUACGUGUUUAACGAUCUCGAUGCGCUCAGCAUUGACUGCACCUCUCACAAGUCUCACCUCAUCUCUGACAUUCCUCAGCGCAUGUCUUAUAAAGUUGCUAAUGCCGUCGACAGGAAGGUUUACCUGAUUGGUGGUCUUUUUUUUUCGGAUGAAAGUGGGUCGUUGAAGAGUGCAGUCACGGUGUUUGACACAGAAACACAAUCAUGGGAGCCUAAGUUGGUAAAGGAAGACAUGCCUGUAGGUCUUGGUCCCUUUUUGUAUGAUUCUGUGGUGAUGGAGGGUAAGAUUUACAUGAAAGAUUACUGCAAGGGAAACUCUUUUGUUUAUGAACCAGAGGAAAGGAAAUGGGGAUUGAUGGACGAGGUGUUGAACUCUAAGGAAGAGUGGGAGAGGGCAUGCGUGGUUGAUGAUAUCCUCUACAAUCACGAUGUGUCUGAGAAUGUUUUGAGGGCGUAUGAUCCAAAGCAGAGCUGUUGGAGUGUUGUCAACGGUUUGGAGAAGUUUUUGGCUGUGGAGACUGCUCGUUCAAGGUGGUCUAGAACUGUUAACUACGGCGCGGAGAAGCUGGCUCUCUUCUUUCAUAAAAACCAAGACGGCAAAGACGUCAUUUUCUGUGCUGAGAUUGCUUUGGAAAGGCGCCAAGGAGGAGGAAUUUGGGGUGAGAUGGAGUCGUGUGAUGUUGUGAUUGAGGAUAGGCUGUUUUACCGGAUCAAAUUUGUUACUGUUACCGUUUGAUGCAGCAUAAUAAUAUCUCUAUUUAGAUC